GCCUGCAAACAGAAAUUGGUUCAUGGAAUAAUAAGUAAAAUAUUCAGUGCUGUUUUAAUAUUUCCUUUCUUAUUAAUAUAAUUGUACCAUCCUAACACUGUCUUCUCUUUGUUAGCCUCUCAAGUGCAAAAAUUUAUUUGACAAAUGAUGAUGGUAAAAUCCUACCAAAAACAUCCCCAAAAUCUUCAACCUACCACACAGUUUGGUCUACACUAUCAUUGAUGAAUUCAUUUGAACAGAACACCUUCCUUAAUGAAUCUUUCCCUGAUGGCUUCCAACGGGCAUCCUCCAGCGAGUCCUUCAAGGUAGAAGAGGGCUGGUCAGAAGAAGGGAAAGGAGAGACCAUUUGGAAUCGCUUUGGACAUGAACAAGGUCUACAUGUCAACACCUACCAGUUUUCCAUCUCCUGGGCCCGUCUGUUUCCUCAUGGCCACCAGGGGAGCCAAUUUGAGAAAGGAGCUCUUUACUACGACAAGCUGAUCAAUGCUCUAAUUGAAUCUGGCAUACGGCCUGUUGUCACCCUACACCCUGGGGACCUGCCACAGGCCCUCCAGGACUUGGGUGGAUGGACCAACGCUUCCAUUGUGGAAGCCUUAAGGGAAUAUACAGACUUCUACUUCUCCAGGUUUGGAGACAGGGUCUGGAACACGUUCAGUGUGGCACUUUCAGCAUGGUCACCUCCCAGGGUGGUGAGCCAUGCUGGGUAUGGAACCGGUGAGCACCCCCCUGGGAUUAAGGACUACGUGGUUGCCUCCUACAAGAGUGCUCACAAAAGGACUCCCCAACACAUCAACGAGGCCGGACUAAACUACCACAGUGGAUUACUCUAUGCCUUGGAAGCUGCUCAUAUCAGGCCUCAGGUCACCCUUUACCACUGGGAACUACCACUGAACCUCCAGAAUGUUGGUGACUGGGAGAAUGAAACCAUCGUGGAGAGAUUCAGGGAUUACGCUGACGUGAUUUUCCACAGACUGGGUGACAGAGUGAAGUUCUGGAUCACCCUCAACGAGCCUUACAUUGUGACAAAUCUUGGCUACGGAUACGGUAACUUUGCCCCAGGAUUCGUCGGUAAGCAGUACAUUGCUGGUCAACACCUGAUCAAGGCCCACGCUGAGGCCUGGCACCUCUACAUUGACAAGUACCGCGCAAGGCAGGGAGGCCUCAAAUACACAAAUAUACAAAUCACUAUUCACUCAUUAAUCCAGGGACUUUGGGAAGGUGGCCUUUGGGAGUAUAUGAUAAUCUAA